CCAUCUACGCUUUAUAAGUACACCCGCUCAUGACAGUAGACGAAAACGACUACACGCUUGUUAUUGGAAUAGAUUUCGGCACUACAUUCUCGGGGUGCUCCUACGCUUACGUCCAGGAUGGAUUUAUGGAAGUAAAGGAUAUUACAUAUUGGCAAAUAGGACACAGUUCCAAAGUUCCAACCCAGUCUUUGUACAAAAAGAACACCAAGGAACUGCUUUCGUGGGGAUAUCUGGCCAUAAACAAAGCGAAAGAGCCAAGCAAUAAGGAUGACUUGGUAAACCGAGUUAAGCUGUGGCUGGACAGAACUAUCAAACACCCUCCCACGCUACCAAAUGGCCUGACUCCAACAGAUGUCAUUAGUGAUUAUCUCAAAGAGCUUAACAAUUAUGUUGUUGAAAGGUUAAAGUGGAAAGAUACUAGCCUCGAAGAUGCUUCCAAAUUUAAAUACUGUCUCACAGUGCCAAUCAUGUGGUCUGAGGAAUCAAAGGGCAUAAUGCGGAAUGCUGCCAUACAGGCUGGUAUCGUGAAACAAGACGAUUCCCCUGAAAAACUACUAAUAGUAGAGGAAUCCGAGGCUGCUGCUCUGUGGUGUGAGCACACAUCCCCAGAGCUUAACCUUCAGAAUGGUAGUCGAUAUAUGAUAUGUGAUGCUGGUGGUGACACAGUUGAUUUGGCUGUGUUCGAGAUCGAUGAAACAUCAGGAACAAGAAAUAUGCGUGAAGUAACAAUGGGAUCUGGAAGUUCUUGUGGAUCUACAUUGUUGGAUUAUAGAAUGGAGGAACUAUUGAAGAAGAGGCUCUCGCGUUUUAGCAAUGUUGAUAGAUAUAAAGUGGCACUUAUGGUUCAGCAAUUUGUAGACACUGUAAAGCCUAUAUUUGAUAACGAAAACGACAGCCUCCUCGAUAUACCACCUGGAAUUGAGGGCAUAAUUCCCCAUGUUCCUGGAGAUGGAAUUAAAGGCGAUAAACUCUGGAUAUCUACAACUGAGAUGCGUGAAGAGGUGUUUGAGCCUGUUGUCCAGCAAGUCCUUGAUAUGAUUGAGAAGCAACUUGUGCAACUAGGAGAUAGAAAUUUGGAUGCUAUGUUCAUAGCCGGCGGAUUUGGACAGUCUCCUUAUUUGUUCGGGCGCAUCAAAGACACAUUCAAGGAUAGAGUUAAGAGCAUUGUACUUACUCCCAAAGGUGAUAUGGCUGUUAUGAGAGGAGCAGUGUUGUUUGGUCUCAAGCCACGAGUAAUUACCCAGCGUAUUUUACGUCGCACCUAUGGCAUCAAAUUCAGUAUACCACCAGAAUCUGAUAUCAAGCAGGACAACAAUACUUCUCCAAACAAAGAUGAGUUUCAUGUGUGUGUCAAGAAGGGAGAACCAAUCGAUGAGGAAAUAUGGAUUAAGAAACGGAUUUCAUGGAGCAAAGCAGACUUGCCGAUUAUAUCUUUAUAUGCUUACGAUGGCGACGAUCCGAUACCUCAAUAUGGUGAGCCCCCAGAGCUCGAACUGGUAGCUAUGUUUGAUACCCAGUUUCCCAUUGAGACUAGAAAAAAGAAAGAACGACCGGUCCUGAAUUUACAUAUGCAAUUUUGCUUGGAUAAGAUCAGGAUUAAAAUUAAUGUCCUUGAUCGAGAGUUUGAGUACAGUCCAGUAGAGGAUAUAACUGGAGAAAAGGAAACGAUACGAUAUGCAGAAAUUAGCUCACAUCCUGAUGUUGAGAAAAGACGGCAUCAUGUAUUGAAAUGGUUAAAGAAAAUCAAGGCUGAGCAUAUUAAACGAAAACAAUAAAAGCUUAUGAUACCUAUACUCGCUAAUAAAAAAAACCAUGACUUUCGAGC